GCGAUCAUCCUCCACGAACCCUCCACGACCGUCUCAUCUGCUUUAGUGUGUCCGCUCUGGCUUUGGCUUUAGCUUUGACUCUGGCCGCGUAGGCAAGAUGUAUUUCCCGACGUCCGCGGCGAGGCAGCUUUCUAGCGCGCCCGCGCUGCCGCUGCCGAGCGAGCUUGUCCUCGCGCUCGCCCCGAGCCCGCGCAAGACGUUAUUCGCGACCGUCACCAAGAGCGGGCUAUCGCUAUGGCGCGUACGCCCAUCGGCCGUGCUUGCGCACCUCUCGCGCUCGGAGACAUCAUUGCAAGAGCAUGGCGAGAACUUGCACCUGCAUUGGUCGCCGGACGGGCAGCGAAUCGUCGUACAGACCACAGAAUCGUAUCUGGUCCUCAUUACAGUCGAGUACAACGCGGAGGAGGUGCCGUACCAGACUCCACCUCUCGCCGCCAAUGCUGCGCGACACUUCCUUCCCGGCGCAGGCGAAGCCCUUCCACUGCAGUCUCUGAAUCUGCAUCUGGAGGGCGUGAUCCGGAUUGAGGGGUCUCUACUAAGUGUCUCCCCGCGCAAGGAAUACAUCCUGUUCUCCACCUGCAGCCCCCCAUCAAUACAGCGCGUUCCAUGGCCCGAUUCCAGCGGUGCAGGUGGCGGGCACGGCAGAGAGAGUUAUGAUACAUGGGAGGUCAACGAGGAGGAACUUCCCUGGCUCGUCGAUCCUGAUGUGACUGUAUGCCAGAUCUCGUACCACCGGCAGACCGGUUUCGAGACCUGGAUUACGUCGGAUGGACGCGCAUACCUCGUACAGCUCUACCAAGAACAGGAUGUGCGUCCGGACGCGUCAGAGACUAGCGCAGCGGACGAUGAACACACUCAGCUUGGACACCUUGCGCGAGAGAGAUCGUCCUCGGACAGCACGAGCUCCUCAAGGCCCCUUCAAUGGCAUGGCACAUGCACCCACCACGUCGACCCUCCACGCUGGGUGCAGAAGCGCAAGCACGUCGACCCCGGCGAUGUCGCCAAGUACGCAUACACGGAGCCGCGCCGUGCGAUGGCGAUUGCGUUGAACCCCAAGUUCUCCAUGCUCGCCGUAGGCACGUACAGCGGCACAGUAGAGUUCGCGAGCCUCCCGUCUAUGGAAGGCGCGUUGCCGAAGCCGCAAGUCUUGCAGAUUCCGACUAUGUACGCGCGAGAAGGCACUGGUUCGGUGUGUACGAUGGAGUGGAGCUCGGAUGGAUAUGUUCUGGCUGUGGGGUGGGAGAAGGGCUGGGCGAUCUGGAGUGUGGGGGGACGGUGCCUUGCAUGGGGCUUCGGUGUCGAGUAUGAAGUGGACGCGGAGAGGUUUCAAGAUGCUUUCAUGUACGGUGUGAGAGGUCUGUUCUGGGCACCGGGUAAUUUCGAGCUCGUCAUGCUAGCCCAGUCGUCGCCGAACAUGGCCGACGGUCAGCUAUUCGUUUUACCCUUCGCGAAAAGCGCAACGACCGGCCAACAUUCACCGGACAAUACCCAGUAUGCUUUCCUACAGAUGGAUGACCGCGUACUCGUGUACCGCGGUGCCGACCAGCCCGAUAUGAGCGUCAUCAACCCCGAGGCGGAUGUCUGGCAGCACGUCAAGGUCCCACAGUCAUACAUGUCUGCGAACUGGCCUAUUCGGUACUCGUCCUUGAGCGCGGACGGCCGUCUCAUAGCGAUUGCUGGCCGCAGGGGACUCGUGCACUACAGCUCGACGUCCGGCCGCUGGAAGAUGUUCGCGGACGAGCUGCAAGAACAGGCCUUCACGGUCAAGGGUGGACUACUAUGGUUCCAUCAUGUGCUCAUCGCUGCGGUAGAGGUCGCGGGGGCGUAUCAGCUACGGUUGUACUCGCGCGACCUCGAGCUGAGCAAUCAGAACGUCCUGCACCGCGAACUUGUGCCCUCCCCGGUCGUCAUCCUAUCGCUCGUCGAUAAUUCCCUCCUCGUGUAUAUGGCGGACAACACCUUGUAUCAUUACUUGAUCAUACCGACUGCCGACUCGAUCAAGCUCCAUUUCUGCGGAAGCAUCACAUUUGACGGGGUCAUUGCGGUGCCUAGCGCGGUCAGAGCUCUCAGUUGGAUGAUUCCCAGUGCACAGAAACAAUUGGGAGACCCCGCGGACGACCUUGCCGUUGCUACGGUUCUGAUGAUCGUUGGUGGAAAGCUUGUGCUGCUACGGCCCCGCAAGUCGGAGGAAGGCGAGGUCAAGUACGACAUGCAAAUCCUAGCAGAUCGGAUCGAGUUCUGCUGGAUUCAUCUACGCGGCAUCGGAACACUAGAGAACUCUCUGUGGGGCUACGAUGGUCAAGGUAUCCGUGUCUGGUUGAACGCGCUAGCUAUCGAGUCCGCACCACCUCCAACGGAGGCUGAUGAUGGAAGCGAAACCGUGGACCGCGUCAAGGAGAGCGUAAACAUCCCACUCGAGUUUUACCCGCUGUCGGUACUCAUGGACAAGGGCAUCAUCAUCGGCGUGGAGGUCGAAGCCGCCACUCGGACAAACCUCUCCUUCACGAUGUUUAGGCAUGUCACCAGUUCUCAUCUCUUCCUUCACCACAUUCUGCUCUUCCAUCUGGAGAACUCGCAGUGCAAGGAAGCCGUCACCUUUGCGUCGCAUUACCAGCAUUUGGUGUACUUCGCACACGCCUUGGAGAUCCUCCUACAUACUGUGGUCGAAGAGGACGUGGACGCGGGCGAGCCUACGGAAGGCUCGCAGGACUCAAAGGGCUCGACAGAACAAGGCCUUCUCUCCGGGGCCAUCGAGUUCCUGGAUCAUUUCGACGAUGCACUGGACGUCGUCGUGGGCUGUGCUCGCAAAAUCGAAAUGACGAGGUGGCCACGCUUAUUCGACGUUGUUGGCAAUCCCAAGAUACUUUUCGAGUCCUGCUUGUCAUCUGGACGCCUGAAGACUGCCGGCUCUUACCUCCUCGUCUUGCACGGCCUGGAGCAGCUGGACGGGAUGAACGACGAUGUUAUACGACUGCUCCGGAGCGCGACCGCAGCCCAGGACUGGCAACUUUGUCGGGAGAUUCUACGCUUCCUACACUCCAUCGACGAUACCGGCGCUGCAUUGCAGAGUGCCCUCGUGGAGACGCAGAUAGUGCCUUCGGCAGAUUCCCAGCUGGGCCAGGGAAACGGGAGUGCGCACUGACACGGACGGACGAUACUUCAGCCACGCGGACUAUGUCGGAUAUGGAUAACUUAUUAGCACCCUCUGUAUCCCAAUUUUCUACUGCUACCCUCUAUACCAGGUUCAGGG